AUGCUCGGGCUCACCUAUUUAUGCGUGGUGGCUACUGCAGCUCUCGCAACAGCGGCUUCACCCACCGUGUACUUGAUCCGCCACGGAGAGAAACCAAGCGAUGGAGGAAAUGGGUUGAAUGCCCAGGGGGUUCAACGUGCGCAGUGCUUGCGAUCCGUCUUUAGCAAAAGUUCGUCUUAUAACAUUGGCUAUAUAAUGGCGCAGACACCGAAGAGUAAUGGGAAGCGCGCUCGUCCAUAUGACACAGUGGAGCCACUGGCCGAAGAUCUUGGUCUCACCGUUGACACUUCCUGUGAUCGGGAUGAUCCAGGGUGCGUUAAAGACGUGGUUGAUGGAUACGACGGAUCCGGCAACAUCCUGAUAUGCUGGGAGCACGACGCCCUAACGGAUAUUGUUGAGAAGCUUGGUGACAAAGAUGCGCCGUCGUAUCCAGAUGAUAGCUAUAACAUCAUCUGGACUGACCCUUCUCCUUAUUCUGACAUCACCGCCGAGACCAGCGAAGACUGUGCUGGUUUGGAUGACUGA